AAUCGCUCAAGCUAGUUGUUAUUGCAUUGCACAGGUGUUGUUGUUGUUGUUGCUGUACUGGACUUGGAUUGGCAAACAAGUGUUAAAACAAUUGUGUGCAAUAUUUAUUGUCGCAACUACCGCGCUCGUUUGGCCAACGGAAAAAAAAAAACGCAGAUUAGGGGCGGUAGCAAACAGAACAUCGGUUUGCACAACAAACUCAAUCAGUUGGGUAAACAACAGCUGCGAGUGGCCAGCCAUUGGGUUAUCUGUUCAUCUGGAUUGGAUUUCUGCACAGAGCAACCGAAAUGAGCCAAACGGAGGCGACCAAGACGACGACGAUGAGUUCGGUGGAUGAGACGGCGGCGGCGGCGGAGACGGCGGCGAUGGGCAGUGGAAAGCAGCAGCUGGAGACGUACCGGGUGUACGUGGUCACCUGGAAUGUGGGCAGUCGCUUUCCGGAUAACAUAUCGCUGCGCCAGCUGCUGGGACUGCAGGAUGCAAAGGAGUCGCCGGAACAAUCGCACCACCUGCCCGACAUCUAUGCCUUGGGGCUGCAGGAGGUCAAUGCCCAGCCGCAGCAACAGGUGCUGGGCCUGUUCAAGGAGGAUCCAUGGACGCACAAGGCCAAGGAGCUGCUCCGCGCCUACGACUAUGUGGCCGUAAAGACGGAGCAAAUGCAGGGACUGCUGCUCAGCAUGUUCGUGCGUCGCCGUCACGUCCAGCAUCUGCAGGACAUCGAGGCGGAAUACACGCGCACCGGUUUCGGUGGCAUUUGGGGCAACAAGGGUGCCGUCAGCGUUCGCUUCACCCUCUACGGCUGCGGCCUGGCCUUUGUGGUGGCCCACCUGGCCGCCCACGAUCAUCAGCUGGACGAGCGUAUCGAGGACUACAAGCAGAUAUUGGAGCACCAUCAUUACCAUGUCAAGCGGUAUCGCGAGAUCUACGAUCAUGACUAUGUCUUCUGGUUUGGCGAUCUCAACUUUCGGCUGCAGGGCGGCGACUCCUCAACGGAGGUGCGCGAGCUGUUGCGCGACGAGGCCAACCACGAGGCGCUCAUCCAGCGCGAUCAAUUGUUCCAGGUGCGCGAGAAAUCGCAGCAGGCCUUUCAGUUGCUGCAGGAGCGUUUGCCCGCCUUUCCGCCCACCUUCAAGUUUCGCGAGGGCACCUCCGAGUACGAUCUGAAACGGCGGCCGGCCUGGACGGAUCGCAUCAUGUACGCCGUGCAGCCGCUAAACCGCCAGCCUGGCAUGCAGCUAUCCAUCGAGCAGUGCUCGUACAAAUCCCAUCCCGUGUACACGAUCAGCGAUCACAAGCCGGUGACCAGUGACUUUGCGCUGAAGCUCUAUCCGAAUGUGCGGGCGCCGGGCGUGGUCUUCUCACCGCUGACGCUCUGGAAGAUUGGCGACGAGAAUACCGUGGAAUACCGCAAGCAGGCGGAAUUCGAGGAGGGUCCCAACGACUGGAUUGGCAUCUAUCCGGCGGAGUACGCCAGUCUGGCGGACUAUGCGGCCUAUGAGUAUGUGAAUCAGGCCGAAUCGCCCGCCUCGUCGGACUCCAAUCACGAGGCGGAUCCGUUCGAUACGCCAGCCCAUCAUCGUCAUGGUCGGCACCAUCAUCGAAACCGGCAGCGGCUGCGCCGGCACCAGGAGGCCAAUGCCCAGGAGCAGGUGCGUCUCGAUUUCGCCGACGAUGUGGAGCUGCGGCAUGGCGAGCAGUAUCUGUUGAUCUACUUCCGCAGCACCGGAGUGCGGGGCGUGACCAGCCUGGCGGGCAUCAGUGCGAUCUUUGUGGCCGAGAAGCGACACGGCUCGCCCCAUCGGACGGAGUACCAUGUGGACUAGCUGGUCGAGGCCCUCGACAUCCAUCUCCUUUAGUCACCGCUGUGCAGCUCUUAUUUCUCUGACCCCGUGUUAAGUUUGUUUAUUUGUUUGUUUGCUUGGCUGUUUGACUGUUGACUCAGCGUCGUCCAAACCAAACACCCAAAAAUACGUUUAAAUGUAAUUAUACAAUGUUACCCAACCAA